UAGUUGUUGUUUUUUCCGAUCGGUCUGCGAGUCAAGUUUUUUUUAUUUGCCGGCGAAGAUUUCUCCGGGAGAGAUACUUUGAGCUCUUCCCAUGGAGGAGCAGAUCGAAGGCAGCGACGAGAGAUGGAAAGGAUCAUUGGAGAAUAUAACGGAGAUGGCAUCAAAUCUCGAUUCUCUUCAGAAACUUAUUCUCAAGAAAGCAGUCUUUGUCGAAGAAGACACUUUCACUAGAGCCUCUCUAGUCUCCGAGCAAGCUCGAACAAUCAAGGUUCUUGAGCAAAGGGUGCAAACACUAGAAAGAGAACUAGAUGCUGCCAUUACAGCUGCUGCUCAUGCUCGGUCAGAGAAACGCCAAGCUGAGUCUUCUCAAAAGGCUGCUGAAUCACGUGCCCUAGAGGUCACGAAAGAGCUAGAGAACACCACAAAGGUUUUCAAACUGCAUAUGGAAGAACUUCGAGGAAUGCAAGAACAGAUCUCCAAACGCGAUAACGAGAUUAAACUCUUGGAAGCUAUAAUCCAAACGCUCGGCGGCAAAGAGCGGUUGGGAAAAAGCGGUGUGAAUGGUUGAUGAUGAUGCGUUCUUUUUUCUUUUUCUUUUUCACUUGUAAAGUUCUGUACUACUUGUGUGUUGUGGAGACAAUUUCUUAAAAGAUAAAUGUUAUUUGGUAUAUUCAUUCU